CAUCAUCCUCUUUCCAGCUUAGACUAAAAAAAAAAGCAGGUAGAGAGAGAAACAGAUCAGGGGGAAGAGUGAGAAAGAGAGAGAACAGAUUUAGCAGCAGAAACCGGAGGAGACCUCUCUUCCUUAAGAAUCUCAUUCUCAUUCCAUUCUCCUUCCUCCUCCUGUCUCUCUCUCUCUCCCCCUCUUCACACCCUUACUUAAACAACCCCCUCAUUUCUUCGUCUUUCCCACAAUCACUUUUCACCAUGAUCUCCUUGAACAGAACCACUUUCCUGACCCAGAUGGGUGUUUCUGGAGCUUGCUCCACUCCCUCCGGCACCGGAAGACGGCAGCCGGUGGCUCUCAAGGUGGUGUCGAUGGAUUCCAAUGGUAGAGCCGGCGAGCGAAGCGGCAGUGUCGUUGUGGAGAACAAUACUGUGAAAGAAAUUGCCAAACCUCUGUCGCCGGUGGUUGAAGUGGAAACCAAAUCCACCACCGGUACCUGGGCUCAGGAUGUGUAUGUUGAAGAUUCCGCCGCCGCCACGGAGGAACAAAUCAUGACACCUUGGAGCGUCUCCGUUGCAAGUGGAUAUAAUUUAUUGCGAGACCCACGACACAACAAAGGGCUUGCGUUUACUGAAAAAGAAAGAGAUGCCCACUACCUGCGUGGUCUUCUACCCCCGACAGUUGUUGCUCAAAAUCUUCAGGUAAAGAAGAUGUUGCACAAUAUUCGUCAAUAUCAAGUACCAUUGCAGAAGUACAUGGCAAUGAUGGAUCUUCAGGAGAGGAAUGAGAAGUUGUUUUACAAGCUCCUUAUAGAUCAUGUAGAAGAAUUGCUCCCAGUUGUCUAUACACCAACCGUGGGUGAAGCUUGCCAGAAAUAUGGAAGCAUCUUCAGGCAACCACAGGGUCUAUACAUCAGUUUGAGAGAAAAGGGGAAGAUCCUUGAAGUCUUGCGGAAUUGGCCUGAGAAGAACAUUCAAGUCAUUGUAGUUACUGAUGGGGAGAGAAUUUUGGGGCUAGGGGAUCUUGGAUGCCAGGGGAUGGGCAUACCCGUUGGAAAACUCUCUUUAUAUACUGCACUUGGGGGUGUUCGUCCUUCUGCAUGCUUGCCCGUGACCAUUGAUGUCGGUACAAACAAUGAGGAGUUGUUGAAUGAUGAGUUUUACAUUGGGCUCAGGCAAAAGAGAGCUACUGGGCAGGAAUACGCUGAACUUAUAGAUGAAUUCAUGACUGCGGUCAAACAGUGUUAUGGGGAGAAGCUCCUCAUUCAGUUUGAAGACUUUGCAAACCAUAACGCAUUCGACUUGCUAGCAAAAUAUGGCGCAACUCAUCUGGUCUUUAAUGAUGACAUUCAGGGGACAGCAUCAGUGGUACUUGCUGGGCUCAUUUCAGCUUUAAAGGUUGUUGGCGGAUCCUUAGCUGACCACAGGUUUUUAUUCCUUGGUGCUGGAGAAGCUGGUACCGGAAUUGCGGAACUCAUAGCCCUUGAGAUAUCAAAACAGACCAAUGCUCCGUUGGAAGAGAUGCGGAAAAAAGUCUGGCUCGUGGAUUCCAAGGGGCUGAUUGUAAGUUCAAGGAAGGAUACUCUCCAACAUUUCAAGAAACCUUGGGCUCAUGAAAACAAACCUAUCAAGAAACUCAUUGAUGCCGUUAAGGAAAUCAAACCAACCGUCUUGAUUGGAACAUCAGGCGUUGGAAGAACGUUCACUAAAGAAGUUGUGGAGACUAUGGCUUCAAUCAAUGAGAAACCGAUCAUUCUCUCUCUUUCGAACCCUACUUCCCAAUCUGAAUGUACUGCUGAAGAAGCUUACAAAUGGAGUCAGGGUCGUGCCAUUUUUGCAAGUGGAAGCCCAUUCGACCCAGUUAAAUACAAGGGGAAAGUGUUUGUGCCUGGCCAGGCAAACAAUGCGUACAUCUUUCCUGGAUUCGGUUUGGGGUUAAUUAUGUCAGGCACGAUCCGUGUUCACGAUGACAUGCUUCUAGCAGCCUCGGAAGCUUUGGCAUCACAAGUGUCCCAAGACGAUUUCGACAAAGGACUCAUCUAUCCUCCAUUUACCAACAUCAGAAAGAUUUCAGCACAUAUUGCUGCCAGUGUGGCUGCAAAAGCUUAUGAACUUGGUUUGGCCACUCGCCUCCCUCAACCUAAAGAUCUGGUGAAAUACGCUGAGAGCUGUAUGUACAGUCCUAGCUAUCAAAAUUAUCGGUAGAUUAGUGUCGUUACUUUGCUGUAGCUAUGUCGUAUCGUUCGUUUAUUUUCCGAUAAUGUUUCUUCCAUUGUAUUGUUUUCUUUUGUAAUGUAAGUUAUUUGGUGGCUUAGAAAUCAUCGAUAGCUUGUAUUAGUUGUGAAAAAAGGAUAAAAGGGAAAAAAAAAAAAGGUGGAAAAAGAACUCUUACAGGUUUUUCAUGAAAUUGAAUGGAAACUUGAGCUCAAAAUCAGAAGUUAUGAUCCA